AAAUCAUAAGCAAUGCUCAGUUUCAGGAAAUGUAAUGCUUUACAAGUGGCUAGGGUAACGCUCAAUAUCGAGUUGUCUUGGUAAAAGAAAAAACAUGAGAGAUGGGAUGGAAUCUUCGGGAAUUCCCUCUGAAAAUAUAGAAUUGGAAUAUUUUUGUGGAGCUCAGAAUGAAUGCACCCGCCGAAUCUCUCCUCAGAUACGAUCCUCCAGUUUUAGUUCCCAAAAGUGCAGAUAAAAAAUCAGCAAAGGGACGUCCUCCAAAACCCCGCAAGUCAAAACCUCAGCCGCCUGCAGACUCUUUACUAAGUCUUCGUAAAUCCAUAACAGCAACGCUUGAAGACAUCAAGCAGAAAAAUGAGAACCUUCUCAAUCUUAUGUUUCCACCCAGGAGAUGGGAGGAAGCAAACAAAGAGUGGGUGCAAAGAGUCUGCAGUGAACCAUCUACUCGAGUGGAUGUGGUGAACUUGGAGGAAGAGUUGGACAAGAAGCUGCUGCAAACACGGACUAUGGAGACUGGAAUCUGCCCUCUGAGAAGGCAGUUAUACACAGAGUGCUUUGAUGAGUUGAUCAGACACGUGGUCCUCAUUUGUGCCGAGAGGGGUCUCUUGUUGCUGCGGGUAAGAGACGAGAUCAAAAUGACCAUUGCUGCCUAUCAGACGUUCUAUGAGAGCAGUAUGGUUUUUGGCGUGAGGAAAGCCCUGCAUGAUGAACAGGACAAGGUGGCCCUGAAGGACAGAAUUUCUGAUUUAGAGAACAUAAAAGAGGAGCUGAUAGAGAAACUGGAUUACCAAAAAAAGAAAUGUGUGGAAGUGAAGAAAAUGGCAGCUGAAAAACAGGAAGCGCAAGAAAAGACGUGCACUGAGGAGAUUCAGAGCCUGAGGAAAAACAACCAACAGAUGAAGGUCCAACUGGAGGGGCUCCUCACAGCAAAAAAGUAAUUUUGCCUAUAUGGAAUGAAUUGUCCCAGUGUUGAACAUUUGUACUUUUUGACAUCUCUUUGGAGGAUGUUACACAGGUGACGUUAGCUCUAAAGUUGAAAGGUCAAAGUGAAUUGUCAACUAUUGCGCUGCUGUGGCCGCAUCAGAGUGCGUGCAACGUCGUCGGCCACUGUUCCACAGACUCAAUUUCCACAAUGGCGAGACACUGUUGGCCACAACACACACGCAUAUUGGGAACUGAGUGGACUAGAGGUGUCAAAAAUGAUUGAUUCAUCGUUGAAUCACCUUAGUCGCCUCAUAUUCUAAUAUUAAACUGUGUAGAGCCAUUUGUUGACUAAAGAUUGUCCAAAUCUUUUGAUUUCAGGCUCUCAAAAGUAACAAUUCAGAUUUUUUUCAGCACUUUAUGAAAGCGGAGUAAUUUUUUUUUUGUGU